AUGGCGUCGCGUACACGGUUAGCAGCCGGCACGGCUUCUACAUUACUACGAAGCUCCCGGCCUCUCGCAACCUCAAGGAUAUCACCAUUCGCUGCUGCCUUGACAAGGUCCUCUGCCCGCACUUACAACUCGCAAUCCGCCACGGGCCCGGCCAGCGUCUUUUCCUCGCUAGGCCAGCUGAGCUCGCAGUCGGGACCUCCGUCGUACUUUUCGUCACAGAGGCGUCUGCCAACAAACACCGUCAUACGAUUCGUGCCUCAACAAACAGCGUGGAUCGUCGAGCGCAUGGGAAAGUUCAAUCGGAUACUGGAGCCUGGUCUUGCUAUAUUGAUACCCUUCAUUGACAGGAUAGCAUAUGUCCGGAGUUUGAAGGAGAAUGCCAUUGAGAUUCCUAGCCAGAGUGCCAUUACAGCCGACAAUGUCACGCUCGAGCUGGACGGUGUCUUUUAUGGUGUAGAAGACGCUGAAUACGCCAUCUCCCAACUCGCGCAAACCACGAUGCGCUCCGAAAUCGGCCAACUCUCUCUCGACCAUGUUCUCAAAGAGCGUGCCAACUUGAACCAGAAUAUUACCGCUGCCAUCAAUGAGGCUGCCCAGGAUUGGGGUGUUACUUGCCUGCGGUACGAGAUCCGCGACAUUCACGCACCCGAGCCCGUCGUGGAGGCCAUGCACCGUCAAGUUACUGCCGAGCGGUCGAAGCGUGCCGAAAUUCUCGAAUCCGAAGGUCAGAGACAGUCGGCCAUUAACAUCGCGGAAGGAAAAAAGCAGUCUGUAAUUUUGGCAUCAGAGGCUUUGAGGGCUGAGCAGAUCAACAUGGCGAGCGGAGAGGCUGAAGCUAUCCUGCUCAAGGCCACGGCCACGGCCAACGGAAUUGACGCUGUUGCCCGCGCCAUCGCUCAAGGCGAAGGUGCUGCCCAGAACGCCAUCUCACUCUCAGUUGCUGAAAAGUACGUUGACGCAUUUGGAAACCUGGCCAAGGAGGGUACAAGCAUUGUGGUUCCUGGAAACGUCGGGGAUAUCAGCAGCAUGAUCGCCAGCGCCAUGGCAGUAUACGGAAAUGUGAAUGCUUCACAGGCCAAGGCCCAGGCCUCAAAGAUGGUUGAAGGUGGCAGGGAUACAGAAGCUGGCAGGAAGAUUCAAGAGCUACAGAACAAACUCGACGACGCAGAAGGCGGCGCCGGUGGGAUACACGAUGAGAUCAGCAAGGUCAUGGACCAGAGGCUGAAGAAGAGGUAG